GCUCCGCCGCGCCAUCGUCGGCCUCCGUGCAGCUCGCCCGCGCCUUCCUCCCGCUCCCUCCUCCCUGCGUAGCUCCUCCGCCCCCUUCUCUACGCAGCUCGCCCGCUCCCUCCUCCGGCUUACUCCUCUGCGUAGCUCCCCCUCUCACUCCAUUGGGAAAAAUGGCAUCUUUCUCCUCUGCAGAACACAGCGCCGCCUAGCACUUCGCCAUGGACGCGCUCAGCUUCGUGGUACCGCGGAUCCUCCUCUUCGCUGUCACCCACGGCUCCGGGGUGUUCAUAAUGCCCUGCCACAUCCCGCAAGGGCUCCGGGGUGGCUGGAGAUCUGUGGCGGUGGAGGGGAUCGUGCUCUACUUUGAUGUACACUAUUCAACAAUAUAUACAGUAGAGUAAUUACUGUCUACUGAAAAUGGAGUAAGUGUGAUCUUCAGAGUGUGCUAACCUAGUAUCUGUAGGUUUUGAUUUGCUUGCAGAUUUGUGAGUGUGAUCUUCAGAGUGUGAUUUGACAGUCUUCAGAGUGUGAUCACCAUUUCCUUGAUGAACACAACAGAGAGGAACCAGUUGACAGGAACAUCAAAGGAUCAAGAGGACAGUAGCCGCUGCCCGCUGCGUCGAGAGGAUCAAUAGGAGCAGCAGAUUACUCACAGUUCAAAUCGCUCCAGCCUUGUGGUAUUUAGAGCACAAAUUCACGUCAAGAGGAGCAGAUGAUCAAUUCGAGUUGUCGGAGCUAUGAACGCCGGAGCAGCGGCGAAGGGUAAGGGAGCUGCGGACGCGGAGCAGCGGCAGAGGGUUAAGGAGCUGCGGACGGCGGAGCAGCGGCGGACCUUGGGCUCUCGAUUGGAGCGGAGGGUGGCGCCGGCGAGGGACCUGCGGCCGGCGGGGAAGGAUGUCGAAGUUGCGGCGGAGGGUGAGGGAGCUGCGGACGGCGGAGCAGUGCAGCAACGGCAGACCUCGGUGACGGAGCUCUCAAUUGGAGUGGAGGCAGGCAGCCGGCGGGGAAGGACAACGGCGCUGCGGCGGAGGGAGACAGAGCUGCGGAUGGCGGAGCAGCGCAGCAACAGCCGAAAUCAGGCUCUUGAUUGGGGCGGAGGUAGGCGGCCGGCGGGGAAGGACGGCGGAGCAGCGAAGGAGCUUCCAAGCCACGGGACGAGGGCCAGGAUGGAGAAGAUUCAAAACUGGGAGGACCUUUUUGCAAAAUGUUAUUUCUAUAGCGCUCGCGACAAGUAAUUGGAACCGGAG